AUGAAAGAGAGAAGGUGCGACACUUUCGAAGUGAACUUUUGUUUCUUUUAUCGUGCAGUGCGUUGAGAAUCGUGAGAACCUUCGGAUAUUUCAGGUGGUCCCAACUUCUGAGAGUUAACAACGCCGUUAUGAUGCUGUCAAAAAUAAUACGACCGGAUAUUGGUUAUAACGGUGAGUUGCUAAGCAGGUCAUUGACUGAUCGACUCCUCGCGUUUGAAGAUCAAAGCGAAAGAGGAAAGGGUCGAUUGAUGGUCAUCAGAGUGGCUGAAAGUGGGUUUCUUUGUUUUCAGAAUUGAUUGAUAUCUAAUUAGAUCAGCAUUUUCCGACUGUAGGGUGAUACCAUAAGGAGUAUCACUAACCCUCUUUCUUCCGUCGGUACAGACAUCAUGUCCCGAUAUGAUGUGACUUCGUUAUCAACAGUUUUUUGCUACCGUAAGACAAUCAGCAUCUCGUCAGAGAACAAAUUUCCUUCUCUUUUCUUUCCUGUUUCAACUUUUCUCAUCUCGUUAUCACUCCCACCUUCCCAUUCUUCUCUCUGUCAAGUGGUACGCGCGAAUGACUGAUCUUCAGUUUAACAACAGUUGUGGACGGUUCCAUUUGGACGAUAACCACGUCAUCAAAAAAAGAAGAGAAUGAGAAGGAGACGAAGGCAGUUAUGAACUGAUAAAUAGAGGGGUCUAGGGCCGGCGCGAGACUGAUACCCGAGUACUGUACCCAGAGGUCAACAGUUAGCAGCGAAUCGUUCUUUGUUGUACGGUAGCCAUCAAUUCAAAAAAGAAAUGAAGGGACGGACGACUUGGGAAGUUUCAUUGCAAAAGCACGUGAAACGAAUGGACGGACGUCUUCUGUCAUUUCGAAUAUCACAUCACCUCGAUUAGACGUGAUUGAAUUGGAGUUACAGACAUAUGUUUUCCAUUUAUCAACAAAAAACGACUUCUCCAACUAGGGGUAACAAUGAGUAUUUGGAAUAAUUCGAAGAAAACUCUUUCUGAAAAAGGUCCAAAUUGAAUACUAGAAUUUCUGAAAAGAAUUGUUCACAAUAUUGUCGACAGGCGGCAUGAAACCGUCGGAAACUUCAACUUUUUGCAAUGCACUUGGUUCGUCAGUGUUAACCUGUCGAACUGCGCUACUGUCUUUUCGAUUCACUGUUUAGAACUACUUGAUGAUUUCUUCUCUCUCUCUCUCUCAUUUUUUCUCUCAAUCGAUUAAUUUCAAACACCGUAUUACAUAUCAGUUUCAAAGAAACACAACUUUUAACUUUUGAGCGGCUCGCGUGACCAACUUUGCAUUUUGAUUCACUCUCGACGGAUUAUUAUAGUUUAGUUCAAUCGAGCAAUGUUCAAAAGAAAACACCGAAAUUGAGUUUAUUUUCGGAAGCAAAAUGAAGGAACGAUUUGUGGGAAGUAUUGUAAAGUCAGUGGAAUGAAUGGUGCGCUAGAAUUACAGCACGCACGUGCUGAUAAAAGCGUCUUAUUUGAGAGCGUUCUUUGUAGAAAACUCUUUUUUCAUUCCCCUGUUGCUGCUUCUCGUUUUCUCUUUAGCACUGAUUGUUUGUUCUCGAACCGCAUGGUCAAAUAGAAAUUUCCACGUUACUUAACACUCGAGAAAAGACUUCCAAGUUUUGAAUGAGAGUAGUACUAUACUUUAUUAUACUGGUCAUGUACCCAAAAAGAGGAAACAAGUUUCUAUUUUGUUACUUUCAGUUGAGUCACGUUCACUAUCAUUCGCUGGUGUCAUAGUUCUGAGUACGAAGUUCUUAGUUCUCUCCGUUAUAACUCUCUAAUUGGUUUCUUUGAUUGAGUGCAUCAAUGAUCACCGAGCUGCUUUCUGAAACGGCGCAUUCCAGCGUGAUAAGAAUUUCAUUCAUAUUUGAAAUUGACAGACUCUCGCCGUAGGGAAAAAAUAAUUUAUCUUGCGUUUCCAAUCGUUGGCCGAUUGAAUUCAAACAUUUUGAAAUGACCUCCCCGGACGGUAGCAGACCGCUUCAAGGACUUUUGUAUAAUUACCGGCCUGUUUGUGCGCCUAUGUCUCCGAAUCGCACCGUUUCUCAACAAUAGAGGAGAGGACAAGGAAAAUAUUAUCUUUGUUCGUGUUUGAUGCGAAAACGGACAACCGCUGAAAACUGGAUUUUCAAAUUCGAAAGAAUAUUCCGAUGCCAUUGGGUGCUAGACUCAAAAGAAACGCUGGAAAUGUGAGAGUUAUUUCGAAAGGUGCGUCUUUCACAUUCAGUGACCCAAUUCUCGAGUGUAUCUAUGUAGUACGCCGAAACGAACUUUAUAAAUCUAUUCGAUUCGUCUAGGGUAAUCCAUUCCACACUUUUCGCAGAAUUGUGAAAAUCAACAAUAAAAACAGUUAGGAAAAGUUCAUAUUACUACAGAGAUUAAUCAAUGAAUCAAGCGGAAAAACCUGUUUAGAAUAACCGCUCUUGCCGAGAAAACCCUUUCGGGGUUGAUCGUGUCGAAUUUCCAACUGUUGUGCCAAUAGCAGAAGCCUAAAAACUUCCGAAUGUAACUAAGCCGUUAUCACCACCUCAUAAUUUGUAGUCUCCGCCAUAAAAGUACUGGACACCCAUUGAUAACGCGUCUUCAGACACGCUCAUCAAAAAUUGCCUAUUGUACAGUUUCUUGGCACAAAAUCAGGCCUCAGCGCGAGAUGAACAAAGUCAGAACUUUCACAGCAUCAAUAGACCCCCUUCCCCACCACGUCUCAUUGAGAAGAAGUCUUGCAUUUUGGUCUUUUGCGGUUUGGCCAUUCCUGCUACCCUCACCUGCGCUGAAUUCUUCUUCUUCUUCUUUUUCUUCUCUAUCUUUCCACUAUCUAAUUCAUCAACUUGCCACAUCAACAGAUUGUGGAAGUUUGUGUGGUCAAAACAGGUAACUCUGACUUUUCUCCGCUGAAAAUGACUGUUUGAUCUGUCGUCUCUGUGGUAGGAACUAGAUUUUUCAUUUACAUCGGUUUGCUUGUGGUCAAAAUUGCCAAAUUGAGCAGAGUUUCAGACGAUUUCGUUUUCAGAACAGGCCCUCGUGAACCUGUCGGCUAUGUUCCAAGCUGGUGCCGACAUGAGCGACACCAGCGGGGAUGAGGAGGAGGUGCUUCCUGCCCGAGUCGGGCAAGCCGUCGGAAGGACCAACGAUUCGGAUACUGAAAAUGAAGAGGGCAACUUUUUCAGAGUACGUAUUAAGGCCAUCAGAGAAGUUGCAAAUCUAAGAUCGUUGCAGAGAGCGGCUCCGGUUUAUCCGAAAUCCCUGGUCAACCAUAAUCUGGAUGGCGCCGCUGCCCCGGGAUUGCGCCGAACGACUAGCUCGAUCGCGUCAGUUCCAAUAAUUGGUCUGAAAGUUAAUAUCAAAGUUCAGACGCAUUUCAAUGGCAAUUCGUCGUUCUCUGCGUUUGCCAAGACGAUCCGAAGCGAGAUUGGCUCGAGAUGAGCUGGCUGCCAAAGAAGAAAUUGUAUGUUUUAGCUCACUGCAAAAUGUUUCAUUAGAAAAGUUUCGGAAUCUAGUUUUGAAAGGCUGAGUACUUCCAGUGAAAUUUUUUAUCCUAAUUCAGUGUAGACUCAUAUCAGACGGACUGGGUACGCUCCGUACCAAGACAGUUGCAGCUAGGUUGAAAGUACAAAGUUUUGAAUAGCUUUACAGGAGAAAAAUUCAUUUUGAACUGUUCCAAAGUGCGUUUCAAUUGUGUUGAAAGGUCACUCGUUUUUGCAGACAUCAAGCCCAAAGUAUCCUGCAAAAAUUAUUUGUGUUUCUUUUUAAAAACAACUGGUAAAAUCAAAUCAAUCAUUGCUGUUUCGUGUCAUCAUCAUAACGGAAAAUUCUUCACUUGAUGGAAGACUGACCCCCUUUUCGCGUUUUUUAUUGAAAUCAUUGGACAGAAUAUCAUCCGUAGCGAUCGGAACAUUUCGAAAGUGAAUGACAAGAAAAUGAAUCGUUUACGCUGCCAGAAAGGCCGCUCUUUUCAUUACACUUCGCUUCGAAAGGGCCAAUGAUAUACGGCUCCGCGUUCCGCGAAUCUCGGAGGGACUCAUUUGAGCACUGGAGACGCAGACGUAGAGAGUGGAACUCAUGAGAGCACGGUUGCGUCUUCGUAGUGGCGUGAGCACUACGGACUAUUGACAGCUGCGAGCUCCCCUCCGCUCGCUCUAGUGCCUUCACCCGCCAGCACCCUCGUCGCCCACCAUUCAAAAGCACAAAUAGCCGCCGGCCGGGCACCCGUCCUUUUCCGCUGCAUACUCGCCUCAAAUUGUCAAUAAAUGGAACAAAGGCUACACGUUUCGGAGCAUUGAAUAGCAUUGCAACUUCUCGCUGAGCACAGCUAGUUCUAGGUUUCCGGCUUUUUCUUUUAAGUGAGUUUUUUCUCUGAAUGAACACCGUUUAUGGAAUAUCGGUAAGUUUGUGAAAAGCAAAGCAAAAUAAAAUUUUAGUAAUGCCGGAAAAGAGUUCAUCGGUGAGCUAUUCAGAGUGUUGUUUUGGUGCUUUGUCUGAUUGGGUUUAUUGUUCUUUAAAUGGGCGUGCAGUGGAAACGAAAAGAAAAAGACGACAGAAAAAGUAGAAUAUUUCAGCCGGAAGGACCGCUCUUCACGGAAAACACCCGAGACGUUCGCAUCGGGAAGUCUUCUGUACCGGACCGUCUACAGGAAGUCAUUGACAACAAACGGCUGAAUCGCUAUGACAAGGUUAAUAUUUUGUUUCAAAUCGUACUGCCAGACAAAAUUCCUUUUGAUCAGCAUCUUUUAAUAACGUUUUACACGUCAUAACAAAACAUUCUCGGUGUGGGUGUACAUAGAAUCACUCGCGGCCCGCUUAAAAGCAUUCCAAUCCAAAAUCUAUGUUUUCUUCCUCGUUUCUACUUUUACAACUAGUUUUUGCACUUUUUCCGCAGCAGAGUUUGCACAGACUGCGAGUUUUGGCUCUCUCUUGUACUGCUAUGUUAAUCAAAUUCUAUUCUUGAACUUCGAACUUGACCGCACUGCCACAAACUGUGUUUGUCGCUUGACUCAAGAACGAUUUUUUGUGAGCAAAGGCGGAGCCCAUCUCGUUCCCGCUGCUUGUGCCGCUCCCGAGUCUCCAAAGCAGUCAGGAUACUCUUGAUUUUUAGUUUAUUUUCUUUCUGCGCUGUCCGAAAUGAGAUUCGACCCAAUCACAAAUCCGUACUCCGAAGAGGAGUACUACGAAGUACCUUACGUCGAAACGCCCAGCGAAAGGCUGGAAACAAAAAAACUGAGAAUCUUGCAAUUAUUGGCGGAUUUUACUGUUCUUCCUGAAGACUCGGGCCUAGAAUCUGACAUUGAUGACUGUUGUCAGACAAAGGCUGAGUAUGAGAGUCUAUCGGUGAGUUCGAAAAACUGAAAAACAAAAAAUUCCCGUUUGAAAAUGCUAAUCCUUUUGUUUUGCAGGUCAAGAAAAUCAUCCGACAAACCGACUGGCCGGUGUGUCACGAAAUUCGUGCGAGUCUAUGGAAAGAACUGUGCAACACGAAGGACUGGAACAGCAGCAAACGUCUGUACGUCGACGAAGCGAUCGAGUACGAUCGAAUCAAUCAAGGUGCAUAUUGUUGGGCAAACUCGAACUCGACGAGAAAACCAGCAACUCAGCCAGCUGAUUCAGUGCCAGUUGCAAUGUUUUUCUUUGUCUUGUGGGAGAGGCUCGAGAGAAGAGGAACUAAAAGUAGAAAUGUGCGCAUGGGUUGCAAAUAUACUCUACGCACUGUGUGUAUUUAUUCCGCAUGAUGAUGCGGUGUCAAGCCGCAUGUUGUUUACUCGACAAUCAAAAAAUUUUAGGAGAGAAAGAGGGAGAACGCCAAAAUCUUGGCUAGCUUUUUCUUUCUCAGAAGAACGGUGGAAAAAACAAGAACAGAAAAUAAUUGAAAAUGAGAAAAAUCACAUGAAAAAGUUCCCACGUGUUUAGUUUUCAGGAAAGAAGCAAUCUCCGCAAGUUUUGGGUGAAGAAGGUGGUGUGCUCAGCAACUUUGAUUUAAAGGAAGUCGGAACUGUCAAGUUGAUCCGUCUGCUCCUCAUCAUUGAGAGACUCCGUCCGGAGAUCGUCUACGCACCGGUGAGUGCUUUUCAAACAAAUUCUUAACAUGCGAAACUGUCUCAGACCAUCUACCCAUUGUGCUCGUUGCUCCUUCAUUUCAACGACGACGAUGCCGACUGUUUCUCAUGCAUCAACUACUUGCUCAACACCAAGGUUUGUUUCGUCCUCAUUCAGUUUCUUCUGAUGUCAUUCUUGUAGGGCUUCAUGAUGACAACCCCUGUUCAAUGGGCCGCAUCGAGUCGUACAAUCCUGGCGCUGGUCAAAAAGCACAAAUCGGCAGCUUACGCUCUUUUGAAGAGAAGACUCGGCUCCACUGACGACAGUUUGCUUGUGAAAUGCGUAAGUGAAGGCAUUUAAUGAGACAGUCGCUAUGACAAACCGAAGAAAAUGAGACUUUUAAUGAGACCUUUUCCAGAUCGAAGACUGGUUGCUAUGGCUGUUCCAAUAUCUUCCAUUUCAAUACAUUUGCCGCAUUGUCGACUGCUAUUUUUCGGAAGGAAAUAAGUUCCUCAUCCGUUCGGCCAUUUCUAUCAUUUACAUCUGGUCCAAAGUGCAUAAGGUAUGUGGUUAAAGUCUGGUUGAGACGACGAGUCACAAAUGUCAACAUUUCCAGAGAGAGAUGGAGGACCUCAGAGGUAAAUCGCUGCAAGAGAAGAUCGAGGCGAUCAAGAAGGAGUUCCAAGAUGUGGCCACCAAUAUUACGGUACGGUUUGGAGGAACUUGAGAGAGAAAACAUACUAUAGUAAUGCAUGCAACGGGAAAAAGCACGAGUCAAGCAUGUCUGUGCGAGUUGCAAAAAGAGUGCCACUGAAAAUUUUUUCCAUCUUGUUUUCCGGACAUUCCUUGAAAAUCAUUCAACAUUUUAGGUGAGCACCAGUACAUUCAUUGCAACUGCGGUAAAAAUUCGCAAUCUGCAAUCGGCAACUAUUGCCAAACUUCAGACGCAAUACGAAGAUGAGGUACGUAAUUAUACACAAAAAUAUGUUGCAUUCAAAUCAUCUUGUUUUCAGUUGCGAGACGAAGUCACUUGUCGUCCUCGAACGAUCAAGAAGGUUCGUCGUACCAUUUUCUGUGAAGCGUUCCACUCGUGUCUCGUUGAUAACGGUAAUCGCUGCAGGAUACGGGAUUGAUAAAAAACUCGAACUGACUACAGAUUCGGCGGUCGAACUGAUGUCAUACAUGCCGGAGAGAUUGCAGCUCAUUACACCGACGCUGGCGUACAAGUUGAGCCAGGAUGGCACCAGUUUCUACAAUUUCUGGAACAAGUAGGCGUCCGUGGGAAGAACCAGAAAACACAUUCUUGGUUACAGAAUCGAUAAGCUCGAUCAAAGUAUCAUUAUCAUCAAAAGCACGUGUGGUGCCAUCUUCGGAGCUUAUUGCAGUUCCACGUGGGCUGAGAGACACGACAGAAAGGAGAGAACACGCUCCAAGUAAUCUUGAAUCUUGAAGUAUACGAAAAGUAGAUAAUUUUUAGAUAUUGGGGAACCGGUGAAUCUUACGUGUUCAAAAUGAACAAGGAUCUUGGCCUUCCGGAGGUCUACCAAUGGGUCGGAAGUGCUCCCGAAGCCACUCCAGAAACGUGUCCCCAGUACUUCAUGGCGGCUACUGACAAAUCAAUUGUGGUAUUGAAAACGUGGUUUUCUCAGAAGUUCUAAUUCAAUUUUUCAGAUCGGUUCCGGCGGCAACGAUGCGCUCCGUAUCGACGAGGAGCUGACCCACGGCAUGACUGGCUACAGCAACACCUUCAACAGUCCCCCGCUCUGUCCUUCCGGUGCUUUCGAUAUUUAUGAGCUUGAAGUUUUCCAUGUCACGGCCAGCGACUGA